AUGAGGUGCCCCUUUACUCCGGCCCUGAGCCUGAGGGGGAGGCCAUUUCAGGAAGGGGCGGAGGACGGGGCCCCUGUGGGCCGCUACUGCCUGGUUGAUGCCCCCAAGUCUGGGCUGCGGUGGGGAAGGACAGAGGGCUGGCGCUGGCCCACGGCCCACUCCUGGCUGUCAGCAGGCCGGGUACUGCUCCUCCCUUCCCUCCUGGGCUCUGUGUGGCGCGAGGCGGCUCCUCUUUCCUGGCAGGCCCGGUUGGCAGCUGCCACCGGCGCUGUGCUUGGUGAUGCGGGGUCAGGGCUGGGUCAGGGCCGGAACUGCCAUCCGUUGUUGCUGAGCCCCGGCCUGGGAUGUGUGGGGGGGGUCCGGCAGGUGCCCGGUGAGUGCGCAGACCCCCGAGGGGUGAGGUGUAGGGAGGGGGUGCCGUCCUGGGUUUGGCCGGGGAGCGGCGAGAUGGGCCGCAGCAGGGCUGAGGCAGCGAGGAGGCAAAGUGCGGGACCGCGGCCAGCCCACCCUGAGGCAGCGCUCUGCCGUGGGCACAGCCACCACGACCCCCGCCCCACAACUGGGGGAGCCGAACGGGAGCCAGGACGGCUGCAGGGGCGGGUGACCAUCAGCAGCAGCAGCAGCAGCAGCUGGGAGGGCCGAGCUCAGGCCUCAACUCCACAGCCGCCGGGGUGGCUGGGGAGGGCGGGGGGUGAGGCCGAGGCGGGGAUCCUGGAAGAUGUGGGGCCGGGGCCAAGCACGGCUGGACCCCAGACAGGUGAGCGGGAAACACGUGGUGACAGGGUAGGCGAGGCCACGGGUGAGUCUGUGGACACCGGCCAGGCAAUGGGGGGAUUGGGCAGCCGAGGGGAGGGCGAGCCCCCCGAGGCCUGGGGAAGGAGCGGCCACCGCCGAGACGCCUCAGAUGGGGAGAGCCGGGAGGGUGGUGGUGUCCAGCUGGGAGGGACCGGGGGAGGGAGCGGAGGAGCCCAGGCCCUGGAGCCCCGUGGCCCGGAGCAGGGAGCUGGUCCUUGCUCCCAACCCAGGCCAGAGGGGCCCGAGCCCCGGCUUGCUCCUCGAUUAAUGGCCCUCUUGGCCAUCCGGAGGCUCCGGCAGAGAAGGCCAGGCCGCAACCCCGAACCCAGAACCGAGCCCAGCCCCGCCGCCCCUUCACGUGUCGGGCUGAAGGAGCGGUUCCUGCGGGCGGUCCGGGCCCUGGGCCUCACCAGCUGGCUCCUGACGAGGCUCGGGGCCCGUGAGGUCCAGCGGCCGAGCGAGGUCCGGCGGCCGGGCCCACGGCACCUCCUGGCCCUGACGACGGCCGGACCGGCCAGGCUCUCCGGCGGGUGCUGGGCCACCACCAAGGACCCCGGCCACCCGACCUCCUCCCUGCCUCUGCCGCCGCCUCAGCCAGCCGCCACGGACGGACCCUCGGGGGGCGACCCCAAGUUCGCCGUCGUGCUGCCCACGGUCCAGCGGCCGGACAGGGCGCGGGAGGGCGGCAGGGCCGGACCGCCCCCAGGGGUGCUCGGGAAGGCGGUGGCGACAGGAUUGGAGGGGGCAGGACCGGAGAGGGCACGCGGCCAACUCCCGUGGCUGGACGGCGGGGGCCACUCGACCGGCAGCAAAGGGCCGGAUGGGCCCGGGGCUGGGGCCGUUCACUGGGCACAGAGACCCCUCCCCGACACAGACCCUGGGCCUGGUCGCGCCAUGCUGCUCCCUCGCCUCCGCCUGGAGACGGGCUGUGUGGGCCAGCUAAGGCUGGGGAGGCCAGCGGGGAGGCAGGCCGGGCCCAGCCAGAGCCCCGGGGAACUCUGGGAGACAGAGGACGAGGCCGAAGCGGCGCUGGAGCUGGAGGGCAGGCCGGGCAGGAGCCGCAGGGAGGGCCUGGAGGAGCUGGAGGACCUGACCUGCCUCGAGUGAGUGUGCGAGAGUGCCGUGCAGCUCUGCCUCAAGAGACGGUUCCACUGCCGCCGCCUCCACGUACGUGUGGCCGCCUCCCCAGCCAGUGCCCGCCACUCCCCUGGCCCGGGUUCCCGCCCCGGACCCUGGGGUCACCCUUCCGCCACCACCAAGGAGAAGGCCUCGGACACGUGGGAUCUUGGGGAGACCCGGGCAGAUCCAGCGGGGUGUAUCUCAGUGGGCCCCCUCCUGCUGUCCAUGAACCCCUACCAGACCCUGCCAGCCGAGACGGUGGCACCCCACCCAGGAGCAUCCCCCGAUGCUGUCCCACGCAUCUUUGCUGUGGCGGAGUCGGCGUGUGCCCUGGCCCAGCACUCCGGACAGGAGUCUUGUAUCCUAAUCAGUGGGCCCAGUGGCUCAGGGAAGACCGAGGUGGCCAGAGAGAUUGUGCGGUUUCUGACCAGGCGGAGCUUGGGAUCAGAGGAAGCCAAGGCAUGCCAGCCUGGCGGGGUGCUGCCUGUGAUGAACAGCUUUGGCCAUGCCAAGACGGGGCUCAAUGCCAAUGCCAGCCGUUUUGGUCACGUUCUGCACCUUCACCUGCAGGGGGAGGUUGUGGUGGGGGCCUCCAUCUCCCACUAUCUCCUGGAGACAUCGCGGGUCGUGUUUCAGGGUGGGGCCUGCCUGCUGCCAGACAAGGAAGAAGACCAGGACUUUGAGGGGCUGGUGGGAGCCCUCCAAACCCUGGGCCUGGCCCCUGACCAGCUGGGCGAGAUCUGGGCCAUGCUGGCCGCCCUCCUGCAGCUGGGCAACAUCUGCUUCUCCUCCUCUGAGAGGGAGUUGCAGGAAGAGGCACGGGUGUCCAGCCUGGCAGAGAUCCACACAGCCGCCCGGCUGCUCGGGGUGCCUGCGGGGCCACUGGAGAAUGCCAUCACACAGAGGGUCGUGGACACGCCCUAUGGCCAGGUGACCCGGCCUCUGCCCGUAGAAGGUGCCACAGAUGCCAGGGAUGCCCUGGCCAGGGCUCUGUAUUCCCGGCUCUUCGACUGGCUGCUGCUGAGGACCAACGAGAGGCUGAAGCCCCUAGAGCCAGGCCUGGCCGUGGGCAUAGUUGACAUCUAUGGCUUUGAGGAUCUUGGCGUGAACAGCUUGGAGCAACUCUGCAUCAAUCUGGCUAAUGAGCGGCUGCAAGUGUUCCUCAGCCAGAGGCUACUGGCGCAGGAAGAGGAGGAGUGUCGGCGAGAACAGCUGCCCUGGGUGGCCAGCUCCCAGGCUCCCAGAGACAUGUGUGUGGAAUUGCUCUGUGCCCACCCCUACGGGAUCCUGCCAGUCCUGGAAGCGCAGACCCUGCUGGCCCAGGCCACUGACCACACCUUCCUCCACAAGUGUCACUAUCACCAUGGUGACAACCCCCACUACAGCAAACCCCAAGGGCCCCUGCCAGCCUUCACUGUGCAGCAUUACGCCGGGCCCGUCACCUACCAGGUUUGUAAAUUUCUGGUUAAGAACCGGGACCAGCUGGACUCCGCCAUCCUAGAGCUGUUGAGUCACAGCCGAAAGCAGCUGGUGGGCCGCCUGUUCCAGAAGCCUAGGACCCCACUGGGCUCCCUCGGCCGGACUAGCCCGGCCCGGCCCCUGACUUCACGCUUCCGGGAGUCCCUACAGGGGCUGGUGGCCUGGCUGGCCAGGAGUCCCGUCAGCUUCAUCCGCUGCCUCAGCCCCAACCCCAGGAAGCUCCCUAACAUCUUUGACGUGGGACAUGUGGCCCGCCAACUCCGCCAUGGGGGCAUCCUGGAGGCUCUGAGCACCCGCGGUGCCAACUUCCCGGUCCGCAUCCCCUUUCGGCCCUUCCUGAGCCGGUUCCGGGCACUGGGCCCCCCGAGGGGUUCCAAGGAGGAGGAGAAGGAGGAGCGCGAUGAGUGUGGGGCUCUGCUGAACCGGGUGCUGGGGGCCGGCUCUCCCCUCUGCCAUCUGGGUGUCACCAAGGUGCUGCUGCAGGUGCCAGGCUGGCAGCAGCUGGAGCAGAGCUGUGCCCAGCAGCGGGCACAGGCACUGCUCACCCUGCAGCAGGACCUCCGGGCCUGCCUCGCCCACCAGCGCCUCCGCCUCCUGCCCUGUGUCCAAGCCCACGUCCGGGGGCUACAGGCCAGGAAGCGUUGUCGGCAGCGCCGGGUGGCACGGGAAUGGCUGGGCAUGGUCUCGCUGGUGACCCGAUCCCUGGUACGGCGAUGGCGGCAGCAUCUCAAAGGUGCUCCCACUGCCACACUCGGCACACUCCCGCGGGGACAGCCCAGAGACGGGAGCGGCCGGAAGAGAGACGGGGCAUCAGCGGAAGAGACGUGGGUGCCCGGUCCGAGAAUGGACCUGGGGCGUCUGGAGAUUCCAGCGGAGCUGGGUGCCCUGCUGAGGAGGGCAGAAGGCGACCAGCAUGCUGUGCCUGGGAGAGUCACAGAGACCCUGCCCCCUGAAGUGCCAGCCCGCGUCUCCCUGGCACUGCCCCCCGACAUUGACAAGUUCCCCUUCUCCUCCUUCGUCUCCACACAUUUCCAGGAGCCAACCCUACCCUCCCCCGGGCAGCCCCUGGCCCGACCCCUGACCCGGCUGGAGGGGCAGAGCUCCCAGCGGGCUCUGGAGAUCAACAAAGUGUUGCUGAGGCUGUUGGGAGAUGAGGAGCUGCAGCCCUGGCAGGAGCUGGUCAUGGGCAUCUACGUGGCCCAACAGGGCCAGCGCCACCCGGACCUGCGCGGCGAGAUCCUGAGCCAGCUGGUUGCCCAACUGUGGCACAACCCCAACACGCAGCAGUGCCAGCGAGGGUGGGCUUUCCUGACUGCCCUGCUCAGCGCCUUCCCCCCGGGACCCACCCUCCAGAAACCCCUGCUCAAGUUUGUGUCAGACCAGGCGCCUGAGGGCUACGCCGCCACAUGCCAGCACAAGCUGCUGGGGGCCCUGGAGCAGAUCCGGCUGGAUCCCGACGCUACCCGUGCUCAACCCCCUACCAAGCUGGAGUGGACAGCUGGGCAGCGGCAAGGGCGAAUGGCGCUCGAUGUCUUUACCUUCACCGAGGAGCGGUACUCAGCGGAGGUGGAAUCAUGGACGACGGGGGAGCAGUGGGCUGGCUGGGUUCUGCAGACCAGGGGCAUGGAGCAGGUCCCCAGGGGCUGGUCAGUAUCUCUGCACUCUGGGGACACCUGGCAGGACCUGCCUGGCUGUGACUUCGUGUUGGACCUGAUUGGGAUCACUGAGGCACUGGGGGACCCUUCCACCUCUGACAGCUACCCCAUAGCCUCCAAAAAUGGGAUGUAUGAAAACAUCCCACCUGCCCCGAGGUUUCAGGCCCCUUCUCUGCCCCAGGGGUCUGCCCCCACUCUGCCUGGCACGGGAUACCCAGGGGUCACCCAGGGCCCAGGGAGCAUGGAUGGUUUCCUGGAUAACCUCUUCGAAGGUGUGCUGUCCCAAGGCCCCUCUGACCUGGAGCGAGCCGAACCCCUGGAGUUCCGCAUGAAGGGUGGUGGGGGCAUCGGGCCCGGCCAGGCAAGCCCCAUGGGCUACCCGGGGAUGCCAGCCUACCAGAUGCCAGGAUACCAGCCUAUGGUGGCAGGCAUGAUGCAGGCCCCAGUGCCCAUGGUGCCCAUGAUGGGAGGAGUCCCCGCAAUGGGCGGGGUCCCCACCAUGCCAGGGAUGAUGGUGCCCCAGCUGCAGCCGGCGAUGUCGCCCCAAGCAUUGAAUGCCCACCAGCUGGCGGUCCAGCAGCAGAGUUACAUUAACCAGCAGGCCAUGAUCCUGGCCCAGCAGGUGCUGGCACUGACUCAGGAGCAGCAGCGGCGGCAGCAGCAGCAGCAGCUGCCACGAUCGGCCUCGCCCCGUACUCCACGAUCCCACCGAUCCCCCCGAUCCUCCCGGGCCUCACCCCCACCCAUCAUUCCCAAACCCAAGCCUUCCAGCAGUGACGGCAGUGACGGGAAGAGUCCCCCAGGCCUCCGGGAUGAACUGGAACGGUCCCCGGAACCAGUACGGGCCCCAGGACCGACCCAGGCCCCAGAGCCGGAGGUGCAGGCGAGGCCCGAGGACAUCGGAACCUUCCCAAGGAGUUUCCAGCAGAAAAGGGAAUUCUUCCAGAAAAUGGGUCAGGAGCCCAGUCCCGUGACAAAAGUCAUGCCACCGCCGCCCAAGGUGACGAUUCCUCAGCAGGAGGCCCCGGAGGCGCCCAGAGAGGAAGGUCUGAGACCAGUGCCUCCUCCUCAGGCUCCCCCGCCCGUGGCGAAGAAGCCCCAGCUGCCUCCCAAGGCCCCGCCUCAGCCCGUGAUCCGUGCGGCCAAGGUGGAGAAGCAGCGGCCCGAGCCCAGCCGGGAGAUCGGCAACAUCAUCCGCUUAUACCAGAGCCGCCCGGCGCCCGUGCCAGUGCCCGUGCAGCCCAGCAGGCCCCUCAAAUACUUCGUGAAGAAAAACGACCCCAAAGACGAGGCCCUGGCCAAGCUGGGCAUCCACGGUGCCGGCCCCAUCCUCGCAGUGAGUCAAAGGCCAGGCUGCACCCCACCCAUUUCGGGUAGCUCCCGCCCCCAGCCGGAGAAGCGGGCCUUCUUGUCCAAAUCCAUCAAAGAGAAGCACGGGCCCCUCCUGGAGCUGUUUGCCCAGCGCGCGCCCGGCCCGGAGACCCCACCGGCUCCCCCGGCUCCCCCAGCUCCUCCUCCUUCUCUGCCCACACCCGAGAGCCCCGUCUCCCGCACUGAGGACUCCAGAGGCCUGGCCACGCUCAUGGCCGAGGAGACUGGCCGCUCCCAGUUGCACCGCCCCACGGGCAGUGUCUGCUUCUCCUACACUGGCAUUCCCUGGCGGCUGUUCCUGCGGAAGGAGGUCUUCUACCCCCGGGAGAACUUCAGUCACCCCUACUGCCUGCAGCUGCUGUGUGAUCAGAUUCUCCGUGACACCUACGCUGACUCCUGCAUGCGCAUCUCCAGGGAGGAGCGGCACAAGAUGAAGGAUCUGCUGGCGGAUUUCCAGGUGGGCGUAGAUGCCAGCUCCAUCACUGACGACAACAUCAAGAAGCGCAUUGUGGUGGCCGCUCGGGACAAUUGGACCAAUUACUUCUCUCGCUUUUUCCCCGUCUCGGGCGAGACUGGCAGCGACGUGCAGUUCCUGGCAGUGUCUCACCGGGGUCUGAGGCUUCUCAAACUUACGGCAGGCAGUGCCUUCCGGGCUGACCCCCUCAAGACCCUCUGCAGCUACAGCUUCGCCGAGGUGCUGGCCGUAGAGGCCCGGGACAAUGCCACCCUGGAGCUGUCGCUGCGGAACGAGCAGCUGGUGCUGCACACACCCCGAGCCCGGGCCGUCCGGACCACCGUGGAGCUGUUCUUGCAAGAGCUGCGGAAGGACUCCAGCUAUGUCAUCGCCCUGCGCAGCUACAUCACCGACGACCGGAGUCUCCUCAGCUUCCAUCGUGGAGACCUCAUCAAGCUGCUGCCCAUGGCCGGGCUGGAGCCAGGCUGGCAGUUUGGCUCCCUCGGAGGCCGCUCUGGAAUUUUCCCGACCGACCUGGUGCAGCUGGCCGCGGCCCCGGACUACCUCAGCCUCCCGGCGGGCCGGGAGAACAGGAGCCAGGACAGGAAGCCCCGGAGCCGGGUAGCCAGCGGCAACCCCGAGAUGGCUGGCUCUGACCUCUCGCUCCCGGACCCGGCCCUGCCCGCCGACGUCAGCCUUUACACCAUGGAGGAGUUUGCCAGGCUCCAUUUCCAGGCGUGCCAGGCCGCCCCAGGCCCGGGGGGGGCCGGAAUGGAGGUGAGAGACCCCAGGAGCAUGGUGUGUUUUUCUAAGGUGCCCCUGCAGCAGUCGCUCAUCACCUUCGCGAACCAGGAGCUGGAGAAGUUGGCUGUGGAGAGCUUUACUGUCGUGAUGCAGUUCAUGGGAGACCAGUCGAAGCCACGGAACAAAGAUGAAUUGGACCUGGCCUACGAGCUGCUCAGGCUGUGCCGGGAGCAGGAGAGCCUGAAGGAUGAGGUCUACUGUCAGCUCAUCAAGCAGGUCACCGGCAACCCUCGUCCGGAGAGCUGUGCCCGGGGCUGGUGUCUCCUCAGCCUCCUCACCGGCUACUUCUGCCCUACGGCCACCCUGAUGCCCUAUGCCACCAAAUAUCUGCAGGACGCUGCCCAGAGCCAAGAGCUGGCUCGGGCCUGCCAAGACCACCUGCAGUGCACGGUCAAGUACGGGGGCCGCCGUCGCCUGCUCCCUGUGGGCGAGAUGAAGGCCUUCCUGAAGGGGCAAGGAGUUCGCCCGCUGAUGCUCUACCUCCCUGGGGGUGUGACCUAUGAGACCAAAAUCCGGACUUUCUCGGUGGUGGCAGAGGUGCGGGAAGAACUGUGUGGGCAGAUGGGCAUCGCGGACCCCCAGGAGGUGAGGGAGUUCGCCAUCGGCCUGGUCAAGAGCCCAGGGGAGCCAGCGAGGCCGCUGCGGGCCGGCACCAACAUCAACAGCGUCACCCAGGAGGAGGGCGUGACCUUGCAUGUCCGGCGACUCACAUGGCAAACGCCCCUGCACUUUGACAACCCCACCUACGUCAACAUCAUCUAUGGCCAGCUGCUGCGGAGUUUCCUGCAGGGCAAGUUGUUGUUCCCUCACAUGACCAACAUGGAAACCCAGCUGGCCCCACUGGUGGCCAUGCAGCUCCUGAGCCUCGGGAUGCAAGAUGCCUCCUCGGAGCAGGAGUUGCUGCGCCACGUGCCCCAUGCGCUACAGACCCAGGUGAGCGUGGCCGGGCUCCGGCCCCAGGUGGCUCAGGAGCUCCGGAAAUGGCACAGGCUCUCUCCCGAGGAGGCGAAAAUCCACUUCAUAGAGGCCAUGAAGCCCAUGACGCUCUUCGGCUACAACGCGUACCCCAUCUUGCGGCUGAGUGAGCGCAGCCUGCCCGCCCCCUGCCUCCUCGGCUUCAACCACCAUCACCUCAUCCUCAUGGAUCCCGCCACCCAGAAGCCGUGCUGCUCCAUCCUGCUGAAGGAAGUGCAGAGGCUGCAGCUGCUGAGCGCCCUGGACAGCUACGGCACGCCGGGCCUGGAGAUCAACUACGGCUCCCCGGCUGAUCCCAAGACCCUGUGGUUGGAGCUGCCCCAGGCUCAGCAGCUGCGGCACACCCUCGCUUACCUACUGGAGGAGAGUAGUACCCAGCCCUAGUCCGGGCGGCUCGGGGGCCCGAGACUCCUUCGGCUUUUUCCCGUGGGGUCCAGACCGCACCCACCCCCCUAAAGACCGUGGCCUGGGUUCCCCCACCUACCCUCCCUAACCCCUCACCACACAGCGGACCAGCUGCUGCCGCGGCAGCAAUAAAACCCAG